AUGGCCCUUGCAGUGUCGGCCCUUGCAGCCGGCCCCACGAGGCCAGGCAGCAGCAGAAACACGCACCGACACGGAUGCACGGCGCAGCACGCGUGGCUGGGAUGUGCCCCAGUGCAGCGGCAGGUGGCUCGGCCGCCUUGGCGGCGGCACCCAAAGCGGCUCGCCCCACCCAGCUGGGGAGCCAGCAUCACUGUUGUGCGGGCCCAGCAGGAGCAGCAGCAGCAGCAGCAGGAGGAGGCGGUGGAGCAGCAGGACGACUUGCCCGACUUCCAGCCACCCAAGUUCCGCCCCUUCACAGCCCGCAACAGCCUGCACCGCGCCAUGACCAGCUACCGCUCCUGGCACGACUGCGGCACCGAGUGCGGCGGCCCGCCCGGUCAGACGCUGCUGGUGACGCCGCUGUCGGCUGACUGGGUCAACGACACCGCUGACCUGCUGACCGACAGCUUUGCGGAGGCCAUGGCUGCCGCUCCCUACAAAAACUUCCUGCGCCGCCGGGUGCGCCAGUACUUGGAGGCACACAUGCAGCUGCCGCCAAAGGCGGUGGUGCUGGUGGCCCUGCUGCUGCCGCCACCAGACCAGGGGGGCUACCCACAGCAGCAGCAGGCAGGCACAGCGGCGGCGGCCGCCGCCUCGAGCAGCAGCAGCCCUGGCGGCAGCGGGCUGGGGGACACGGCAGCUCCGCCCUCGGCGCUCGGCUCUGCCUCCUCUUCCCUGGAUGGAGAGCUGGAGCUGGGCGACGGCAUGGCCAUCCACCCAGUGCUGGGCAGCCUGGGCAGCCUGGGCAGCCUGGGCGGCGGCGGCAGCAGCAGCAGCAGCAGCAGCGAGGAGGAGGCGGGCGCGGCGGCGGCGGUGGGCGGCGGCGCGGUGCUGGUGGGGGUGGUGGAGCUGUCCUUCAGCGCCUCCACCCGCUCCAAGUACCUCACACUCACCCCGCCAGAGGACCGCCCCUACCUGUGCAACAUGGCCAUCCACCCCGACCACCGCGGCCGCGGCUACGGCUCGGUGCUGCUGCGCUCGGCGGAGGCGCUGGUGGCGCAGCUGGGGGAGUCCGAGAUCUACCUGCACCUCAGGUGGAGAGUGGCCGCUGGCUUGCCUGCAGCUGUGUAA